AGUAAGUAAGUCUUGCAGUAGGCGUUAUUGAUUUCGAUACUUAACGCGAACAGCAGACAUUUAUUCAGUUUAUAAGAUACUCGGAUAUUCAGACACUUCUUAGCGGCGUUUGUUUGGACUUUCUCCAAAUUCGAAAUCCAUAGCUCGAGGGGGUAAAGUUGCACACAGUUUGAGUGUCGAGGGUCCAGCGGAAGUGCGCUCGGAGGAAGAGAAGGCGCUCGUCGGUGAAGCUGUAGCUCGGAGUGAGUCCAGCAUGAGUGAAGACAGACCUGAGGUGGAGCUGUUCGUGAAGGCAGGAAGUGAUGGUCAGAGCAUUGGGAACUGCCCGUUCUCUCAGCGACUCUUCAUGGUCCUGUGGCUGAAAGGCGUGACCUUUAAUGUGACCACCGUGGACAUGAAGAGGAAGCCAGACAUUCUCAAAGAUCUGGCUCCUGGCGCUCAGCCUCCUUUCCUGCUGUACGGCACAGAGGUGAAGACGGACACCAACAAGAUCGAAGAGUUCCUGGAGGAAAACCUCUGCCCUCCUAAAUACCCUCGGCUGGCAGCUCGCAACCCUGAGUCUAACACCGCCGGUCUGGAUGUGUUCUCCAAGUUCUCCGCCUACAUCAAGAACUCAAACCCGCAGAUGAACGACAAUCUGGAGAAGGGUUUGCUGAAGGCCCUGAAGAAGCUGGAUGACUACCUGAGCUCUCCUCUGCCGGACGAGAUCGAUGAGAACAGCGCUGAUGAUGAUGUCACUUCCUCCUCCCGCCCCUUCCUGGACGGUCAGGAGCUGACUCUGGCCGACUGUAACCUGCUGCCCAAGCUGCACAUCGUCAAAGUGGUGUGUCUGAAGUUUCGAGGGUUCUCCAUCCCUCGCUCGCUGACGUCUCUGUGGCGAUACCUGGACGCGGCGUAUGCCCGAGAGGAGUUCUCCUCCACCUGUCCCAGCGAUGAGGAGAUACACGUGGCCUACUCCUCCGUCGUGAAGGCGCUCAAAUAGAAGAACACAGUCACACACACACACUCAUGUGCGUUAUUACAGUUCUCCUUCCAGAUUGUCCCAGUGUUUCAAUUGUACGUUCCUCAUGAGGUCUCACUUUUCAACUAAACGUGGUCUAAAUCGUGCUGCCUUCACAUGCUCUCGGAAUUAUUCCAAA